CUUUUUUUAAACCACGUGAUUUGCGUCAUUGCGUCAUCUUUGGCGCGAUGUCUUAAAUUUGAAAAGCUGAAGCCUUGAGCCGUUUGGACACGGGGAAGGGAAAUGUCGUGGGACUUCAUCGUGCCUGUGUGUGUGGGGGACCUGGUGAAGACUGGGGGCAUCAACCAGUAUGUGGUUCAAGAUGUGGCAUCUCCAAAACAACUGCCGUCCCAGCUGAGCAAAUUCAAGUCUACACUGAGAAGCCAUGGACCAUUAUGCAUACUAGAACAUUUUGACACAGGCUACAGCUUGCUACAGCAUUUCAACGCAUUGGAGCUGGGGGUGAAAGAGGACACCCUGGAGUUACUUGUGCAAGUGGUUAAUGGCCUGGCUGUGUCCCUGCCGACACUCCUCAGCUCUGUCUCCCUCUCAGCCACAGAACGCAAAGAAAACCUCAAUGCCGUUAAAAUGAGCGUCUUCCUGCUCUGCAAACUCACCGAAAACCUUGAAAGUGUCUCUUAUAGGCAGGAUAUUGUCACAGCUUCUGGAAAGGGUAGUAAAAAGGGCAAAUGUGGUGCCGAGGGACUGCUGCAGUGGGACUCGGAGAGAGAGAAGGUACUUCAGGCGCUCAUUCAGCUCCUUCAGCUGGAUAUCCGUUUGCUCUGGAGCCUCUCUCUGGUGGAGGAGGAGUUCAUCAGCUGUGUCACCUGUUGCUGCUACAAGCUGUUGGAGAACCCAACUAUUGGGCACGUCAAAAGCAAACCCACAAGAGAUGGUAUAAUUCACCUGCUGGGGCUGUCGAUCAAGAAGUACAAUCACCUCCUAGGUGCCAGUGUGAAAGUGAUCCAGUUGCUGCAGCACUUCGAGCAGUUGUCGUCCGUGUUUGCUCAAGCUGUGUUUGUGUGGAGCACGGAGUAUGGAGUCCGAUCCAUCGUGGGAGAAGUCAUCAGGGAAAUAGGUCAGAGGUCAAGCGAGGAGCUUGCCAGAGAGGGUUCUGGCGUGAGAUCCUUCUCCUCCUUCCUGUCAGAACUCAGUGCCCUGGUACCUGAAUUAAUGAUCCCAAACAUCAGCGUCCUCAUCACUCACCUGGAAGGAGAGAGUCACACGAUGCGUGUGGCCGUCUGCGAGGUGCUGGGCGAGAUCCUCGUGCGAGUUCUGUGUGGCGACAGCUUAGACGAGUCCGGCAAAGCUGACCGUGACCGCUUCUUUGACAUCCUGCAGGAACAUCUGCACGACACACACUCUCAUGUCAGAGCACGUGUGCUGCAGGUCUACACGCGCAUCGUUAACAGUAAAGCGCUGCCGCUGUGUAAGUACAGCGAGGUGAUGGAGCUCGCCGUGGGGCGGCUGAUGGACAAAUCCAUCAACGCAGUGAAGAGUGCCAUCCAGCUGUUGGCGGCAUUCAUCGCACACAAUCCAUACAGCUGCAAGCUGAGCAGCGCCGAUCUGAAGGCGCCUUUGGAGAAGGAGACGACUAAACUCAAAGAGAUGAGGGAGAAACUGGCAGGGGAAGCUCCUGUGGCAGUGAUCAAAGCGUCUGAGCUGUGGGCUGCCAUGGAGCCUGAGCUCCUUGAAACAGCCAGGACAGCUCUGGAGCCCACGAGUGAAACGGAGAGAGAGGAGCGAGAGGACGAGGAAGACGGGGAUCCGGAGGAAGAAAAGCCAGCAGAAGACGACAGAGCAGCUGCACUGAGGAUAGCUCAGUUCCUUCGUGUCAACAAAUACAGGAAAGCUGUUCAGCUGUGUAUACGAGCUCACAGUAGCUUUCCUGAAUCUGAGAUGUUUGCCUCCUUGUCUACACUCACCCCUGACAAUCUGAUGGAUGCAAUGGCGUUAAUUUUUAAAGGCUCCGGUGAAGAUUCCUCUGAGCUCAGCCAGAAUCUGCCACCUACCCCUCAGAAGGAGGAAGAGAAAGAGGGGGAGGAUGGCGAGCUGAAAAAGCAGGAGAUGCUUGUGCAGUACUUGAGAGACACAGAAACUUUUGCCUUACAAGUGGAGAGAGCAAUUUCUGUCAUCAACAACAUGCUCUACUGGAAAAUAACCUCAGUGGUCCAGGAAGCAGUGCAGUUCUGUGUGACUGUGUGCGAGUUCAGUGUUGCUAACUCUAUUAGCGGCGUGAGGAAGAUGCUACCUCUGGUCUGGUCCACUGAUGCGGCCAUUAAAGACGCCGUCGUUCAGGCCUACAGACGCCUGUAUCUGAACCCUCAGGGAGACACGAUCAGGAUGAAAGCCCAGACUCUCAUCGACAGCCUCUCUGAACUGAUGGUGGAUGCAUCUCUGGGAACCAUCCAGUGUCUUGAGGAAAUAGUGCAGGAGUUCUUUGGCAGCGGCAGCAAUCUCCAGUCCACGGUGAUUCAGGUCUUGUGGGAGAGAUUUACCGGAAAACGCGAAACGUCGGUCUUACACAAGAGAGCUGCGGUGCUGCUGCUGGGCAUGGCUGCACGGGAGGAGCGAGAGGUGGUGCUCAGUAACUUGGACACACUUUGUUCAGUGGCUCUGGGAGAAAAAGUGACUGAAGACUUCCUUCUAGCAAGAGACACGGUUCUGACCAUCUGCAGCAUCACUGACCACGUCAGGCAAACUAAAGGGGCUCCUUUCAGGCUUCCUCAGGAGCACCAGCUAUUCAGCAGCCUGACUCAGGCUGUUGCAGAAGGUGUGGUGAUGGAAGACCCAUACUGGCAGAGCUUCAUGGAACAGGCUGUUCGUCUCAUCUACUUCCUGGCUGAAUCCCCAGACCAGCUGUGCUCCCGGCUGCUCCAGCGAUGCGCUCGCCUUUUGCUUGACCAGAUUGCAGAAGGUGGCGAAGUCAACAAGGACGUUGGCCAAUUGCAGGAUGGAUCUCUAGAGGCCAGUGAGCAAGUGAACUGUGUGUGUCUGGCCCAGCUUUUGGCUCUCUGUGGAUGCGUGGCUUUUUGGCAGGUUUCUCACCUUGAGCGCAGCGUGAGCGCUGAGCUGCGGAGAAGGAGAGGGGAGACCGAGGAGAGGGAGGAGAAGGAAAAAGGACCGGCCAGUAAAGCUAAGCAGGUGGUCGGUGAAAGCGCCAUGGAGGAGGAGCUUGGGCUGAUCGGUGCCUCGGCUGAGGAUACAGAAGCUGAACUCAUCAGAAAAAUCUGUGAAACGGAGCUACUGGCUGAGGAAAACCUGCUGAGUGCUUUCCUUCCUCUGCUGGUGAAAGUCUGCAGCUCCCCAGGACAUUACUCCCACCCUCAGCUCACCACGGCUGCGUGUCUGGCGCUCUCACAAUACAUGAUGAUAAGCCCAUCGGUGUGUGAAGAAAACGUCCGUCUCAUGUUCACGGUGCUGGAAAGGUCCACUCUCCCUGUGGUGAGGGCUAACGCCAUCAUAGCCCUGGGUGACCUCACAGUCCGCUUCCCAAACAUCUUGGAGCCCUGGACGCAGAAUCUCUAUGCCAGACUGAGCGAUGAGGUUCCUUCAGUGAGGCAGACCGCCGUGACAGUUCUUACUCAGCUGGUGCUUAAGGAUGUGCUCAAGGUCAAAGGUCAAGUCAGCGAGGUCGCUGUGCUGUUAAUUGACCCGGAGGUGCACAUCAGCAGCCUGGCUCUGAACUUCUUCAAUGAGCUGUCCUCAAAGGACAAUGCCAUCUACAACUUGCUCCCAGACAUCAUCAGCCGCCUGUCUGAUCCAGAGAGGGGCAUGAGCUCGGAGGACUUCAACACCAUCAUGAAACAGCUGUUUUCCUACAUCACUAAAGAGAGGCAGACGGAGUCUCUGGUAGAGAAACUCUGUCAGCGCUUCAGGACUGCAACGACGGAGCGACAGUGGUGCGACUUGGCCAUCUCUCUGUCUCUGCUGUCCAUGUGUGAGCGCGGGUUUAAGAGACUGCAGGAGAGCUGGGAGUGUUACAGCGACAAGCUGACCGAACCUGGAGUCUACCAGCCCCUCCUGUCCAUCACCGGCAAGCUCCGCCGUGGAGCCAAGCCUCAGUUUAAGGCUCAGGUUGAUGAUUUUGAGAAGCGGCUGACGGCGGUUCACACUCGAGGUUUGGAGAACGUGGAAAGUCCUGAGAUGGAUGAGGAGAACCAAAAGGCAGAAGGAUCCACUAAGAGGAUGGUGGCGUGUACGCCUCGGCCCACCAGAGGUCGUCAGAAAUCCAAAAGGGGCCAAUCAAAGUCCUCCAUUUCCGGCUGCGACGACGACGCGUUCGUAACGCCUCGACAGUCUCGAAAGUCCAGGAAACCUGCGGUUACCUUCAGCAGUGAUGAAGAGGAGGACGAAGAUGCGGUCAUGGCGGAGAGCGAGACUCCUAAAGUGUUGACACCGAUCUCACGCUCAUCUCGACGGACUCGCCUCAGAAACUAAGUUUAUUUUUAUUUUUUUUGUCUCUUUUAAACUUUUGUCAAGUAUUUUUAUUAUUUUUAAUCUUUUGUAUAUUUUUAAACCCAUUUUGGUGUCUAGCACAAGACCCGAGUUGUAUUUUACGAAUCCGCUUUAAAGCCAUGUUAAUAAACUGGUCUUAAUUAGA